AAAAGGUCACAAAAAACAAAAGAUGAACAUAAUUUUCUGGCGUGUGUAGUGUGUUCACUCGUAGUCCGCUUGAUUUCUCCAACUCUUCUCCUUCCACUGGUCAAUUUGUGAAGUUCUUGAGUUUCUACAUUCUAAUGUGUGGUCUUAAUCCAUUUUUCUAAGCAAAAAAUCAGAAAAACCACCCAAACCACCCCCAAAAAAAAUAAAAAAACAAAGAUGGGGGUAACACUCGCAUCUUCAGUAACACCAUUAAUGGCAGCAAACAAGUAUCUUCAUCAUCCUCUUUCUUCUCAUCAUAUUCACCCACAACCCUCAUCUUUUCAACGUCUACCCACUUCACUUUCUACCAUUUCUCCCUCUCUUUCUCUCUCAUCUCCACGUCUAACCACACUGAGUUCACUCAGUCCUAGACUCGUUCCCAGAGCUUAUUCUACAGAUAUCGUGUCGGAAAAUAUCGGGGAAUUUCUGGGUGACAUCACAAUUUUUAAGGCUACUGGUGAACCUGUCAUGUUCAAAGAUCUUUGGGAUCAAAGCGAGGGAAUAGCAGUUGUUGCGCUGCUGAGACAUUUUGGAUGUUUUUGUUGCUGGGAGCUUGCAGCAGAUUUGAAAUUAGCGAAGGCAAGAUUUGAUGCUGCUGGUGUUAAACUCAUUGCUGUUGGUGUCGGAAGUGCAAGCAAAGCCCAAAUGCUUGGAGAACGGCUACCAUUUCCAAUGGAGUGCCUUUAUGCUGAUCCUGAGCGCAAGGCAUAUGAUCUACUAGGGUUAUAUUAUGGUCUUGGCCGGACGUUCUUCAAUCCUGCCAGUACGAAGGUUUUCUCAAGGUUUGAAUCCCUAAAAAAGGCUAUGGAGAAUUACACAAUUGAAGCUACACCUGAUGACAGGAGUGGUGUUUUGCAACAGGGAGGAAUGUUUGUGUUCAAAGGGAAGCAAUUGUUGUAUGCUCGAAAAGAUGAAGGAACGGGUGACCAUGCUCCAUUAGACGAUGUUUUCAAUGUUUGCUGCAAUGUUUCAGUUGCAUAAACCCGAGGUAGGUUGAAUUCCAUGGAAUUUUAGUAUGGCUGACUGGCGCACUGUUCAGGUCCUUGUUGCCAAUAUCUGUAGCUGUGUAAUCUGGUACGUGAAAAUGCUUUAAUUACUUGUAAAGAUAUAGUGCAAUAACCUGCAUCUUGAUUAACAAAGAAGAAAAUUGCAGGAUAUGUACGUAAUUGUAAAAAUAACUUGUCUAUAUAUUUGAACUAUGAAUCCAUUUUUUGUAUUUCUCCCAA